AUGGACCUCGCUUUGGGUAGUUAUGUUGUUGACAAUAAUGUGAAGGAGAAUGAAUGGUUAUUUACUCUACAACGAAAUUUGCCUCAUACUUAUCGAAUGUCCAGCCGCCUAAUCGGAAUUUUUAUGGCAAUUUUUUGUAAAAGAGGUUUGAAGAUUUCCGUCUCUGAUUCAUUUAUUUCUUCCAUCCCAACUGGUUUUCUCAAUUUGGGUAAUAAAGGAGGUGUUGGAAUUAGUAUUAGAUUGAAUGAUACUUCCAUUUGUCUUAUUAAUUCGCAUCUACCUGCGGGUAAUGAACUGAACAAGCGCAACCAGGACUUUCGACUAAUUUCACAAAUGCGUUUCAAUAACGGGUUUGGUAUUUUUGACCACGAUGCAGUUAUUUGGUUGGGUGAUUUGAAUUAUCGUCUUGACACGCCUCUAAGUUAUGAAGAAGUUAUUAGACGAUUACAGGAUCAUAAAUUUGCUCAACUUUUUUAUUUUGAUCAGCUCAAAGAACAGCAACGGCUUAGGGUGGCUUUCAAUGGAUUUUUUGAACAACAACCAUCUUUCAGACCAACAUACAAGUUUGAUCCUGGCACACAUAAUUGGGACACAAGUGAGAAGAAGCGAAUACCUGCUUGGUGUGAUCGAAUACUUUAUUGGAUAAGAGAUAAAAAUGUUCGUUUGGAGCAAUUAACAUAUUCAUCUGCAGAGAAGGUUGUAUUCAGCGAUCACAAGCCAGUUCUAAGCCUUUUCAAUUUACACGUAAAGAAGAUUGAUCAAGACAAGAGAAAUGCUGUAUACGAACAGUUGCUUCGUGAAGUUGACAAGAAACAAAAUGAAUUGUUGCCACAAAUUUCGUUAUCACAAACUGAGUUUAAUUUUGGUACAAUUUAUUUUGAUCGCCCUGUAGUUGCUGAAUUAACAAUUAAAAAUACUGGACAAGCACCAACACAUUUUAUUUUUAAAUCUGCAAAAAUGGAAAAUGAAGAACACGAGAAAUGGCUUACAAUAACUCCGCAAUCUUCGUUUUUGGAUGUUGGUGUAACAGUAGAAGUAACCCUUCAAAUAUUAGUGUAUGAUGAAAAUGCUUGUAAUAUUCAAACAAAUAAUACCCAAUUAAAUUCAAUUUUAAUUGUUCAUUUAAAUGGUGGAAGGGAUUAUUUUAUUGUAAUUGAUGCAAGGUAUUCAAGGGAAGUUGAAGAAGAAGAUCUUAUUUCUUUUUGA